CACGCGGGGGCCGUCUUCCCGUCACAGAGCCCGAAACGACGCGCAUAUCCGAGUUUGGCCAAGGCCACGAAGCGGUCUCGAAGCCGCGGUUCGAGAUGCUCACCCGUGUACUUCCGAUAUACCGCCGAUAGUUAUCGUAAGUAAAUAUAAACGGAUCGUGCUCCGGGCACCGAUUCUAGCCUUAUCCUUUCGUAUUAAGUACUUCGUGACGUGGCCAAUUAGAUAUUCCGUAACCUGGUCUCAGCUGUCCGAGUUUUCGGACUGGCAACUCUUCCGUUCAUCUUUCGAGUUGCCUGUGAUGCUCAGUAUCUCGUCUUUCUCGACUUCCCCCUAUCCAUUUCACGCUGCGAACUUUGUAGGCCUGAACGCGGUUCAGGGUAACAAACCAACCCCCCGCCAACAUGGAGAUCGUCCAGUCAAACGAGGCAUUCAAGACAGUGGCCGGCAAAUUUCAGUUCCAAUAUGUAGCGGGUAUUGUACGGAAUGGCGGCGUCCUCUAUACCGCCAAAUGGGUUGAUCGAAAGCAGAAGCCUUCCGACUUCUCCCAGUUAUACGAUGUGCAGCCAUUAAAGACGGAGGACAGAGGCCCGGCUGUGAGUCCCACUUGGGUGGUAGGGCCCGCCGAUAAUUGCUUCGUUAAAACACCAAGCCUCUUCGGGUACGCCAGCAAGUCCGACCUAGAGAGACGAAUUCUUCGUGAAGUUGAAACCUGCGAGACACUGAGGGAUCACCCCCAUCGGAACAUUGCUUCUUAUCUCGGCUACCGAGAGACUCGAGGGCGAGUAUCAGGUCUUUGUUUCAAGCGGUAUACAUCAACGUUGCUUGAGAGAGUUAACCCCGGACAUCUGAACAAAUCUGCCUUCCGCUCGAGCCGCCGACCUUCCAUUGACAAGAAACUCGAGUCAAGUCUGGCUGGGAUCCUGGAAGGCAUUCGACACCUCCACUCGCUCGGCCUCGCCCAUAACGACAUCAACCCUGCUAACAUCAUGUUCGACGAGGAUGACACCCCUGUCCUUAUCGAUUUCGACAGCUGCCGCCGGUUUGGGGAGUCACUGCGCGACACGGAGACAAAGAGGACACACGGAUGGCACGACACGAAGGUCGAGGUCGCGUUAGCAAAAAAUGACCUCGACGCCUUUCUUGAGUUGCAGACCUGGUUUUUUGGGUCAUCCUCUGAUGAGUUUCUGUUGAAAGGAUAGAUGGUUUGGGGGAGGUUCAAUACCUAUUACCACUUAUCUACCUGAGGCAUGACAAGGAGCGGAAAGUCGGUCAAGGGCGAGGCGAGGAUACUACAUACCUAGGUACCUUUCUAUAGUACCUGUGUAGGGCGCAAGCGGGAAAUCGUUUCAUCCAGCUUCAUCUCCUUUUGGGUGCUGCCUUCGUGAAUUAACCAAUGUAUGAGGUAUA